GUUGCGAACGGAAAUGGCAGAGAGUAGUUAGUCAAGUUCAGUUGAGCGUAGUGCAGAGAGAGAGAGGGGGGGAGGAGCGAACGGAAGAUAUGGGGAAACACGGCAAGAAGGAAAACUCGAACCGCCGCCGGGGGAAGAAAACGUUGUACAAUCUUGAGAGGGAAGACACUAGCGAAUGUCUCCAACACCUUCCAGAGCUUGACUCCGAUCCACCGUCUGAGGAAGGCGAAGAAGAAGAAGAGGAAGAAGACGAGAAAAACAAAGAAACUGGCGAGGGUUUCGAUAGGAGCAUCGACUCUGAGUGCGACGCCCCUUCUAAAUUCUCUCUCUAUCAACAAUCGGUGCAGUCUCCUAAAGGGGAUAUUAGCUAUCUGCACAAGUUUUUUUUGAUGUAUGUGGGCGGGAGAGCUCCCCUCCAUCUCCAGGAAGACUUCUGCGGCACUGCUCUUUUAAGUGUGGAGUGGCUCCGAGGUGAUGCUAGGCGAACAGCUGUGGGUUUAGAUUUAGAUGCUGAAGCAUUGACCUGGUGUAUACAGAACAAUGUCAACAGAAUCGGGACAGAUGUCGGCUCCAGAAUCUCCUUGUUCCAUGGAAAUGUCCUGCAACCACUCGAAUCUGAAAUUGUUAGCUUUGACGAAUCAGAAACUAUGCAGUAUAUGACAUUGCAGGAUCAUGAAAGCGAUUCAGAUUCUACACUGCAAGAAAGCUUGAAUGCUGUUCAAAACACAAAGUGCUUGAAGGACUUUAUAUUACCGGCCAGAGAUAUAGUGUGCGCCUUUAACUACAGCUGCUGCUGUCUUCAAACUCGGAAAGAGCUCGUUUUGUACUUCAAACAUGUCAUUAAUGCUCUAAGCAGGAACGGCGGCCUAUUCGUGAUGGAUCUGUAUGGAGGCACUUCUUCGGAGGGUGUAGUAAAGCUAAAGAGACGAUUUCCCAAUUUCACGUAUGUUUGGGAGCAAGAUGAUUUUGACAUCAUUAAGAGGAAAACGAGAAUCAGUCUCCACUUCAAUCUUCACAAGCAGCAAAGAAAGCUUCGGCAUGCAUUUAGCUACGAGUGGCGACUCUGGUCUUUGCCUGAGGUUAAAGAUUGUUUGGAGGAAGCUGGAUUUCGCUCCGUUCACUUCUGGAUUUGCAGCAUGCCGGACACCGAUCAAAUCAGGUGCGUCUAUGGAACUUCUGUUGGCCGAGACAUGAAAUAUGAAGAGGCAACGAGCUUCCCGCAGCAAGAUUCUUGGAAUGCUUACAUUGUUGGAGUCGUUUAGUCACUGCCCGAUGCCAUCCUUACAUCCCGUUUUUGAAUCAGCCGCCGACAAAAAUCUGGUAAUUCGAAUUGUUCAAUAUUCAGUUACUCUUACAGCCAUCUGACUAGUUUCUUUAAUUCGAUGAAAACGAUUUUGCUGAUCUAAGUGAUGCACAGUUUUUAGCUAGUUGUAAAAUUUUUUGCAAGUUUCUCUAAUACAUGGUUUCAAUUGGAACUAAUGACACCAUAAUUGAUUAUAUAAUACAUAUUUCAUUG